UGUUUGUAAUUUUCUUUCUUUAUCGAAAAAGAUAAAAAAAAAACAUGUUGGUAAAUCAGUAAGAAUAUCCACUUCAACCAACACCCAUGCAUAAUAACCAAGACCAAAUUCUUGGGUUGCUUUAUAAGAAUUUCCACUAUAUGUUAGGCAUGCCAAUAUUGCUGACUUGAGCUUGAACAUGUGCUGGGGGAAGGGAUUCACCUGUGUGGCUUGUUGCAACAAGUGCAUGCAGUAAAAGACAAUGACGACCAGAGCAAUUGGUGAAAAGGGCAGCCAAGUCUUUCUCCAAAAUCUCAAGAUUACCCAGUUGGGGAAGUCGGGCCGAAUCGACGAAGCAGUCAAACUUUUCUCACAAAUGACUCAAAGGAACACCGUCACAUACAACUCCAUGAUCUCCGCCUACGCCAAGAACGGUAGACUCGGCCAUGCACGCCAGCUGUUCGAUAAUAUGUCUCACAGAAACUUGGUUUCUUGGAACACUAUGAUUGCAGGGUACCUGCACAGUAAUAUGGUGGAGGAUGCUUAUGGGCUUUUUGUUACCAUGCCACAAAGAGACCUUUUCUCUUGGACUUUGAUGAUUACUUGCUACACACGUAACGGCGAGCUUGACAGAGCCAGACAGCUGUUCAGUUUGCUUCCGGAUAAGCGGGACCCGGCUUGUUGGAAUGCCAUGAUUGCAGGGUAUGGGAAGAAGGGGAGGUUUGAGGAAGCGAAGAGAAUGUUUGAUGAAAUGCCGGUGAAGAAUUUAGUUUCUUGGAAUUCGAUGCUAGCGGGGUAUACCAAGAAUGGGGAGAUGUGUUUGGGGGUGGAGUUUUUUGAGGAGAUGCCGGAGAGGAAUGUGGUUUCGUGGAAUUUGAUGCUGGAUGGAUUUGUUCAGGUUGGUGAGUUGGAUAAUGCUUGGAAGUUUUUUGAGAAGAUUCCGGAGCCUAAUGUUGUUUCGUGGGUGACAAUGUUGUGUGGGUUUGCGCAAAAUGGGAAGAUUGCGCAGGCGGAGGAUCUGUUUGAGAAGAUGCCGAGUAGAAAUGUGGUUGCUUGGAAUGCAAUGCUUGCAGCCUAUGUACAAGACCGCCGAAUUGACAAGGCUGCUGAAAUAUUCAGGGAUAUGCCGGAGAUGGAUUCAGUGUCAUGGACUACAAUGAUCAAUGGGUAUGUUCGCGUUGGCAAGCUUGACGAAGCAAGGCAGUUGCUCAACCGGAUGCCGUACAGGAACAUUGCAGCACAAACAGCAAUGAUAUCUGGAUAUGCUCAUAAUGGAAGGAUGGAUGAAGCAAGUCAGAUCUUCAAUCAGAUUGCCAUGCCUGAUGUUGUUUGUUGGAACACCAUGAUUGCAGGCUAUGCUCAGUGUGGCAGAAUGGUUGAAGCUCUAUCUCUUUUCAGAAACAUGACCAACAAGGAUGUAGUUUCUUGGAAUACUAUGAUUACUGGUUAUGCUCAAGUAGGGGAGAUGGACAAAGCACUUCAAAUCUUUGAGGAGAUGGGGGAGAAGAACAUAGUUUCUUGGAAUUCUCUAAUUACAGGUUAUGUGCAGAACGGGUUAUAUCUGGAUGCACUGAAGAGUAUUGUGAUUAUGGGACAGGAAGGAAAGAGGCUUGAUCAGUCAACUUUUUCAUGUGGACUAAGUGCAUGUGCCAAUCUUGCAGCUUUUCGACUGGGAAGGCAACUUCACCAAAUGGUUGUGAAGACCGGCUAUCUAAGUGAUUUGUUUGUCAGCAAUGCCCUGAUUACCAUGUAUGCUAAAUGUGGAAUGGUUGCAAAUGCUAAUCUUGUGUUUGAAGAUAUCAAUCAUGGCGAUAUUGUUUCUUGGAAUUCUUUGAUAUCUGGGUAUGCUCUAAAUGGAUAUGGUAAAGAGGCAGUAGCACUCUUUCAAGAGAUGCUAAUAGAAGGGGUGAAUCCAGAUCAAGUGACCUUUGUUGGGGUGUUGUCUGCAUGCAGUCACAGUGGGCUGGUUGAUCAGGGAUUAAAACUGUUUAAGAGCAUGACUGAAGUUCACCUUAUUGAACCUGUAGCCGAACACUAUGCUUGCAUGGUUGACUUGCUUGGCCGUGCAGGAAGGUUAGAGGAAGCCUUUGAAAUGGUAAGGGAUAUGAAGAUCAAGGCAACUGCCAGAAUAUGGGGUGCAUUGCUUGGAGCUUCCAGGAUACACCGAAAUUUACAAUUUGGCAAGUAUGCUACCGAGAAGCUUUUAGAACUUGAACCUGAUAAAGCUUCAAAUUAUGUACUCUUAUCGAACAUGCAUGCUGAGGCAGGCAGAUGGGAUGAGGUUGAGAGAGUCAGGGUGUUAAUGAAGGAAAGUGAUACAGACAAGCAACCCGGCUGCAGUUGGAUUGAAGUCAGGAAUCAGGUGCAUGCUUUUCUCUUUGAUGAUCCAGUGCAACCCAGAACAUCAGAGAUAUGUAGUGUAUUGAAGUCUCUAACCACAGAGAUGACAAACACAAGUUCCUUCAUGGCAUCUUAUGACUGAUGAAAUGUUUACCACCUAAGGGUACUAUAAGUCUAUAAAUGGACGCGGAGGAUCCACUGGAAACAAGUUCAGGAUGUCACUGGGUCUGCCAGUGGCAGCCACAGUGAACUGUGCUGACAAUACAGGAGCUAAGAACCUGUACAUCAUCUAAGUCAAGGGAAUCAAGGGUCAUCCAAAU